UAUUCCCGGUGUCCCUGCAGGUGUUCCCGCUGUCCCCCAGGUGUCCCUGCAGGUGCCACCCCCGGGCCAUGACCGUCACCUACACGUCCCGCGUGGCCACCGCGCGCUUCGGGGGCUUCUCCCAACUGCUGCUGCUGUGGAGGGGCAGCAUCUACAAACUGCUGUACCGGGAACUGCUGCUCUUCCUGGCGGCCUACCUGGGGCUGAGCCUGGCCUACAGGUUCCUGCUGUCCGAGGCCCAGCGCCGCCUGUUCGAGAAGCUCGCGCUCUACUGCGACAAAUCCGCGAACCUGAUCCCGGUGUCCUUCGUGCUCGGUUUCUACGUGGCGCUGGUGCUGGAGCGCUGGUGGGGUCAGUUCCGGACGGUGCCGGCCCCGGACGGGCUGAUGGUGGCCGUGGCCGGGAGUGUCCACGGGGCGGACGCGCGGGGGCGGCUCCUGCGCCGGACGCUGCUGCGCUACGGGAGCCUGGCGGCGCUGCUGGUCCUCAGGGCGGUCAGCACACCUGUGUAUAAGAGAUUUCCCACCACUGACCACCUGGUGCAGGCCGGGUUCCUGACGCGCGAGGAGCGCCGCCGGCUGGAGGGGCUGCGCUCGCCCUACAACAAGUUCUGGGUUCCCUGCGCCUGGUUCGGGGCGCUGGCGGGGCAGGCGCGGCGCGAGGGGCGGGUCCGGGACGACUGCGCCCUCAAACUGCUCAUGGAGGAGCUGAACCGGUUCCGGGCCCACUGCAGCCUCCUGUUCCACUACGACUGGAUCAGCGUGCCACUGGUGUACACCCAGGUGGUGACCAUCGCCGUGUACACCUUCUUCCUCACCUGCCUGAUCGGGCGCCAGUUCCUGGACCCCGCCCAGGGCUACGCGGGCCACGAGCUGGACCUGGGCGUGCCCGUGUUCACCCUGCUGCAGUUCUUCUUCUACGUGGGCUGGCUCAAGGUGGCCGAGCAGCUCAUUAACCCCUUCGGGGAGGAUGAUGAUGAUUUCGAGACCAACACCCUGAUCGACCGAAACUUCCAGGUGUCCAUGCUGGCCGUGGACGAGCUCUACGGCCAGGUGCCGUCCCUGGAGCGGGAUCGUUACUGGGACUCCGCCUGCGCCCAGGCCCCGUACACGGCGGCGGCGCCGCGGCAGCGCCAGCCCGCGUUCCGCGGCUCGGCCUUCGACGUCACCCUGGCCAAGGAGGAGAUGCAGUUCCAGCCCCUGGAGGACAUCGGGGACCCCCUGGGGGACCCCCUGGACCCCCCGAUCCCCCCCCCCAAGAGCAGCUCCGAGGGGGGGGGCGGCGGCCCCGAGACCCCCCCGGGAUUUGGGGACCCCCAGGAGCGGUGGCUGCUGCACCCCAGCGCCGAGCACGCCGUGUGA